CGGUUACCAUAACGACAGUCAAGAUGGCGGCGAUGGAGAAAGCUGGAGAUGAACAUGCUGGGUCUGAAGUUUUGAGAGGACUCCACCGACAUCUGAACUGCCUAAACGAGGACAACAAGGCGACAAGAAAGAGGGCUCUUGAGUUUAUAAAGAAAGAGACGAUAGAUAAAGGACUUUCCAGCGGCGUCUUACAGGAGGUUUUUUCUGCCAUCCUCAAGCCUCUCCUCAAAUGUCUGUCAGACCCGAUGGAGAGAUGCAGAGAAACCACUAUUGUCACAAUGACUGAGUUUAUUCGAUGUGUUCCCAACCCUGAGGAAUGUCUGCCUUAUCUUCUGCCCUGCCUGGCUCAUCGCUUUGGGGAGAAGGAGAUCUUAGAGCCGGCGGAGGAGCUUCGACUGUUAGCCGUGGAGAUGUUGACUCUGAUGGUUGAGGUGUGCGGGAAGCAUUUAGCUCCUUAUCUGAACGAAAUUAUGAGCAUUCUUCAGAGAACCAUCGUCGACCCUUUCCCGGAUGUUAAAAGAGAAAGCUGCAAAUGCACUGUAAUCUUUGCGAAGUGUGUGCCAGAACAUUUUCACAUGCAAGCUGAAAGUCUUGUGAAGCCUCUCAUGCUGACCAUAACUCAUCAGCACUCCCGAGUAAGAGUGUCAGUCAUUGAAGCCACUGGGGCGGUCAUUCAGCAUGGCACUGGAAAAAAUGUGGAUGAUGUACUCUCGCACUUGGCACAAAGACUUUUUGAUGAUUCUCCGCAGGUGAGAAAAGCAGUAACUGUAGUUGUUGGUGAUUGGCUUUUAAAUAUGAGAGACCGUUACUCCUAUUUCCACAAACUCAUUCCACUUCUGCUGAGCACCAUGCUCAGGCUCAUAGGAACCAGUCUACAUCAUGAGGCUCUCAACAAGAUUUAUCCCGAGCUGCUGAAGCGUCUGGAUGACAGCAGUGAAGAGGUACGUGGGGUUGCUCUGCAGGCUGUGGGCCUGUGGCUGUCCAGCGUGACCAAAGACUACAACCCUGAGCUCUGUGCUCCUCAUCUGCAGCUCCUCUUUCAGCAGCUCCUCCUGCAUCUGGAUGACCCUGACAGCGCAGUGCAGGACCAAGUGCUCGAAAUCCUGAAGAGUGGCAGCUCGGUCCACCCGGCACUUCUGAAGAGGGAAGCUGAGGCUGUGAGGGACAAACAGCGGAGUCCUUACCACUGUGAUGUCCUCCUUCAGCACAUCAGCUCACUGUCCACAGAGUCUGCACCAGACAGUCCAAAGUAA